GGGGGAAAGCAUCGAGAGAAGACGAUGCAGAAAACGACCUUUCGGGUGCUUCGAAUGAAAGCAUUGUGCCCAUGCUGGCGUAUAUAGUGACGCCGACCGCUUUCGUCGCGUUACUGAUAGCUGUAUGUCUGGCUGUGGUAGUGCUGCGACGGGUGAGGAACGGGGAAGAGAAGGAGCGUUCUCCCGCGCCACAGGUGGCGCAGCCCAGCAAUGCGCGGACGCCGCCGCGUGGAACGAGGGGGAGAGGGGCGGCGAGUGCGCGGAACCGCUCAGCGGCUGGUGUGGCGCCCGCCGCCGCUGGUGAUCCUGUGGUGGUCGGGGCAGCUACUCCCCGUCAGGGCGGGCCAUGGUUUCCUCCUCGCACUAGUGGUAGUCUGCAGGUGCGCACAGAAGAACUGCUUGGAGCGAUUGCCGGUCCGACUCGGUUUUCCUAUCUUCAGCUGCGCUUGGCUACCAACGGCUUCAGGACGGAGAUCGGCAGAGGGCGCUUCGGUAUUGUCUACAAGGGGACUUUUCCAGGCGGUACGAUGAUGGCCAUAAAGAGGCUAGAGAAUUACCGCCCACGCUUGCCGUCCUCCGCGGCCAACACAGCUGCCGGCGCCUCUGCUGCUGAGUCGACCACGGUGCAUAGAAGCCCAGAAGCAGCGUUCAUUGCGGCGGUGUCUUCCCUAAGCCGCCUGCAGCACAGCAAUGUCGUCCCUCUCCUCGGAUAUUGCAUGGAUGGCAAGAGGUUCAUGUUGGCCAACGAGUACAUGGCUAAUGGAAAUCUGGAUGACGCUAUCUUCGCACCGAAGAACGAGAGCUUUUUGCUGUCCAUGGAGGCGCGGUGCAGAAUAGCAUUAGAUGUUGCAAAGGGGAUACGCUAUCUACACGAGGAGUGCAAGUCCAGACUUCUUCACGGAGACGUGAAGCUAAGGAACGUUCUGUUGAAUGAGGAGAUGAGAGGACACGUGGCAGAUUACGGGCUCGCCAGUCUGUACGUGGCAGCAAGAAAGAGCGUCGGCGGCUCCGGCGACGCGUCCGAUCACCAGUCGGCCGUCUUUGUGGCGGUGGACAAGCGUGCCACGUCGUCCUACACGGCGCCGGAGUGCGGGACGACGACCACCGUUGUAGUUUCCGACAAGAUGGACAUUUAUGCUUUCGGCAUUGUGGUGUUGGAGAUGGUUACUGGGAGAAGAAACCUGGCUGUGGAGUCGGGAGAGGGAGGUGGAGGUGGCCUCCAUCAAGCAGCAGGUUACCUUCCGGCUUACGUGAUCUCUUCUAUGGAAGCAGGGCGGCUGAGAAGAAUCGUUGAUCGCCGGCUGGAAGACAACUUCGACGAGGAGAAGGUAGAACGCUUGCUACGCGUUGCGCUCCUGUGUGUUAAGCCGCAGCCGGAGGAUAGGCCGGGGAUAUCGAGAGUCGUGGCUUUAUUGCAGGGCCACGGAGGCCUCACGAGGAAGGAUUCAUUUUCAGGUAUUUUAUUUAAUCGCUAGGCGCGUUGGCUUUGAUUAGAUGAUUAGUUUGAUUAUAUUGAUUUCAUUUGAUUAUAUCAACGCCGCUCCCAAUCAACGGCAAAGGAUGAU